GCUGGUCUUUCCUAUACUCAUGAGUUUACAGUCGGCCUUGGAACGAUUAGCUACGUACCGUGCCAACAACACGCGCGCUUCGCAAGAUAUAUUUCGAAAUGGACUUCUAGUGCUUCAGAAAAGCGGUUUCAAAAAGUUGGGAGACGACGGCUGGACAACCCUAGAACAAUUGACAUUAGCCUCAAUAGACGUCGGACGACUUGAUAUAGCAGAUCAAUGCCUCCAGCUCAUUGCCGACAAUUUCCCCAACUCCCCACGCGUCGACUGUCUCAUAGGUAUCCGAAUGGAAGCUACAGAGCCUCCAGAAACAGCCCUUAAAUACUACGCUGACAUACUUGAAGCCGACUCCGCCAACGUCGCAAUCUGGAAGCGACGAAUAUCAGUCCUGAGGAGAACAGGAAAGGUGGAAAAGGCCCUGAACGAACUCGUGCAAUUUGUGGACACUUUCUAUACGGACGUUGAAGGGUGGCUAGAACUCGCAGACAUCUAUGCGUCGUGUAACCAAUAUGAUCACUCCUUCCAGGCACUCUCACAUGUUCUGCUCCUAACGCCCCAGAACCCCUUCUACGUCCUUCAAGCCGCUGAAACAGCAUACACCUCAGAAGACUUUUCCCUCGCUAUCAAGAUGUUCCUCACCGUCGUAGACAUGACCGAUGCUGAUGAUUCAGAACAGCUUUUGCAAGAAUCCACACCUCUCGGGAUCACUGUGCGAGCGUGGUUCGGCUGUGCUCGUCGGAUAGCACAGAAUGCGAACCUCAAGUCUUCAUCAAAUACCAGUGCGCCGAAGAACCUAGAGUUACUAGAUGAACUGGCCACAGAGCGUCUUCGAGUUGCGUAUUCAAGUUCGGGUCAGAAGGGUGAGAUCGCGAAAGGGAGGCAAGAAGUUUUCGCUUGGGUCGCGACUCCCCUUGCGUAGGCAUGCAGUUGAUUUCCUUUCUCUUCUUGAGCUACGUCCAGUCCCGUCUUGUUGGCAUUUAUGAUGUUCACUUAGACAUGAUCAAGAUGGUCAUCAAUGUACUAGACAAAUGCUGGAGGUAAAUACUAUGAUAAAACUGAACGAGAAGUUUCGGGCGAGCACGCGUAGCGCCUGACC